CGGAUUAAUUGGAUUCUGAGUUUAAUUUAUGUUCUUUAAAUCACAGUAUUGUUUCAUUCUGUUUUAUCAAUCUCUAAAGCGGUUUUACUUGCUUUGAAUGAGGCGGUGCUCUACAUAUACAUUUGUACUUGAAAUACAUUUAGCCUAUGUAACGUUAAGUUACUGAUAAAAAACACAAAACUUGUAUUAUAUAGCAAGCAAGACCGCGUUCAGGUUAUGUGUAUUAAAUGCAAUGUUAAAUACUAGGAGUAGUCAAUGAAAAGACAUUGGCGUUUUUGAUUUCUUGCGACAGUACCCGAAGGCAGCAAAAGUUCAAAAAGUAUGGCGGCGGAGUGUUUGACAACCAUAACAGAGCAAUGGAUACGGGAGAGAUUAAAAUUAAAACAUCCCUGUCUGGGUAAUAGUGAUGUCCGCUCACUGAGCCUCCCGGGGACAUAUGAAGAGAAGAUCAGACAUCUGGGAAACGCACUUAAUAACUUUGUCCGUCUGAAGUCUUUGGACCUUUCCUGCAAUGCGCUCGUCCUUGUUGAGGGAGUUCAACAUUUGAAAGUGCUGGAAAGGCUCAUCUUGUACUAUAACUGCAUACCUUCCCUUGAAGAAGUGAAAGUGUUGUACAAGCUGCCAGUUUUGAGAGAGCUGGACCUCAGGCUCAACCCUCUGACCAAAAGUUACCCACAAUACCGCCCUUGCCUUGUGCAUGCCAUGCCCAACCUACGCAAACUAGAUGGCUGUUCAGUCAGAGACACCGAGCGCAAAGCUGCCAUAAUGCAGUUCUCCUCUGACAGCCUACUUCAGCAGAAGAGCUCAUCUCUGAAUCUAAUUGCUGACCAAAGAAGCAGUGAUCAGAGACUGGCUUUAGUUGACAACUUUACCAAGAGUCUCUCUCUCCUGACUGACACUGAGGAUAUUGUGUUGAAUUUUGUUGUGACGAAUCACGGAGGCCAAGGUGAAACUCAGUCCCACUCAGUUCACAAGGAGGCAGAAGAACCUAAAGAGGACGAAUCAAAAGAUUUUACAGAACAGAGAAGUUCUACUCCAAAACAGGAAAUGGCUAAAUCCAUCCUGAGGUACCCCCCUACCAAAUAUGAUAACACAGUGUCCAAAGUGCCUCACAUGAAAGAACCAUCUCAUAAAAGAAGCUCUAGCUCAUUAAAAGUGACUGAAAGACCAAAGGUGUCCUUUGGCCCCUAUGUAGAGAAAUGCACAGCUGUGCCUGGAAAACAAAAGCAAAAUGACUUACCCAAACAAAUCAGAUAUGCAGCCAAGGGACAUUAUACCCCUAAUCCUGAUCAAAGUGUUUGUCAUAAUUCCUCAUUGGCUAAUAUCCGGCCUCUCAGUCCACGUCGUCCUGGUUUGAAUUUGUCUGACCCUUCCAACCCCCUCUUCCAUCCUCCGAGACUAACCUACUCUAGCUUCAACAAGACAGAAGGGGGAUCCAGCCUGCUGCAGCAGGGGGAAAAGAAAAAAAGGGGUAGUUAUAGGAAACCCCUGGAGAUGCUCCUCAACCUUGUGGACAAACACUGGAUGGGAGAGAGAUCACUGCAUCAUAACAACAACUUCCUGUCUCAGGCAGUCCAGAUCCUUUCUAUGAUGGAAAACGAUAUUUCCAGUAGGGAGACAGAGCUCAGGACCUUAAGACGGGAAGCUGAUGCACUGAGCUUUCAAGCAGCUGCACAGGAGGAAGAGCACAAAACUGAAGUCCGUAACCUCUCCUCUCAGCUGGAGGAAGCUUGCAGUGCAGUUGGCAAAUUAAAUGAGCAGCUGAGGAUUGUCUUGGAGGAAAAUGUUGCUCUACAAAAACAGCUGAUAAAGUUAGAGCGACAGUAUCUCAAGACUAUGUUGAAAAGUUCACCUAUUACUCAGAUUAAAGAGGCUCAGACAGAAGUGGAAGAGCUGAGGAAAGAGAUUGAGGGGUUGAGGGAGAAAGUGCUGGAGGCUGAGAAAGUCAAGGAUUUGUCAAAUAUGCUGCAAGAAAGCCACAGGUCCCUGGUGGCUACCAAUGAGUGUUUGUUGGCUGAGCUGAAAGGAAGUGGGGAACUUUAAAGUAAAGUAAACUUUAAGUAAUUUGAAUGAUGUACACAUGGGAUAAAAAUAUCAAAGCAAGACUACGGAGCGUGAUAUUGGCGUUGCAUUUGCUGCAAGAGGUCCAGCAGCUAUAUACUGUUUUUAAUUAUUUUUACUUUGUCACUGCAGUGUACAUUUAUUUUCUGUAUGUUUUAAGUUCCUAGCCGUUUUGGGAAAAAAGGGCUUUUUUUUUUUUUAAACAAUCUGUAUAGGCUCCAUUUGCUUGAUGUAAACAAUAAUGGAGAAAAGCAAUUCAUUCAAGGACGCUUGUGUAUAAGUGUGUGACAAGGCUGUUAUGUUAAAGGAUAUUAAGGGAGGGGGUGGGGGGAUGUUAGUGAGAAGGUCAUAAUGUAUUUCCUGGAUCAGUGGCAAGAUUGUGUCUCUCUUAGCUGCUUUCCCUCAUUUUUUUUAGGUCACUUAUGUCUCCAUCUGCUUUGUACGCUGCAGUGGAAUGAAUGCAUCUAGAUUCCAGCUGCACUGUGACUUUAUUUAUACCUCUGCCUUCGGGCUGGAGAGCUACACAAACACGCACAUGCACUUUCCUCUCACAAACACUAAUGCAAGACUUGGCAAAGAUGUAGAUGCUACUACAUAAACUGACUGUAGCUUUUGUUUUUAUGUGAAUGUUACUGGGCUGUGGUAGGGAGUUUCACAGUCAUAAUAAUUUUAAAACGUCGUGUUUUGACUGACACCCUAUACUCACAAGAAGUUCUGGGGUGGGUUUUUAUUUUUCAGUAAUGCACUACAAAUCAUGAACACACAUUAAGAGUUCUAAAGAACUAAAACACACUGCAUGCACCAGGGCACAAUAGUACAUUAAUAGUUAUUU